AUGUCGAACGAUCUUCAUGCUACCCAAUAUGAUUCGGGUAGCUCCCCUAGGUUCCUAGAGAAUCUACCUUCAUCAAUCAGGAGGUAUCCAUAUCCCGGGAGACAAAAACUUCGUCAGAUAUACGAUCUCGAAUUUGACCGUUUCCAACUUCUCACGUGCCAUCUCCCCUCAGACCAUUCACAACAUCGCUCAGACGGCAGCGCAACAGAAUACAUACUUUUCGACAUCGACCCUACGACUCUCGAACACGAUAUCUUCAAUCCGAACGUGACGCCUAUUCCAUUUCGUUGCUCCUCAUUUGAUAUCACGAAGGGCCUUCUCCUGGUCAAAAUGGUCACCGAAGAGCAUUCCCAAGCAGCCCACGCCAUGAACCAGGCGAUUUCUAAAGCGCUACAACCCAUGAAGCUUGAAACAACCAUCCAGGCCUUCUCGGGGGUAACAAUCAGAAGUGACGGUAGGGGCAAGGAGGCAGACUAUGGAUGGGGACCUUUAAGACCACCACCUGGUUAUGCACGCAAGCCCACUAUCGCUCUGGAGGUUACAGUAUCAGAGACGCCGGCAAAGAUACGGCAGGAUGUGCUCUUUUGGCUUGAUCCAAAUCGAGGAAAUGCCAACAUAGCGAUAACGCUAAGAGUCAAUCGGAACAAGCCAUUGAUCACAAUUGAGAAGUGGGAAUACCAAAACCAGCAAUCUCAGCGGAUGCAGCAUAUUACUAUCGCGGAGGAUCCAAAUGGAGAAAGAGUUACAGUGUCUGGAUCUCCACUCACUAUCCCAUUUCACCUCUUAUUUCGGCGACCAACAUCAUCCCCAGUUGAAACUGAUAUAAGCAUUGGACAGAAAGAGCUAAAGGAUAUUGCUGAAUCGAUCUGGGCGGUCCAGGAGUUCUGA